CUUUCCCUCUGUAGUGUGAUUUGGUGGGAGAGAAAUAGCGCGCUUUCAAUACACAUUUCAAACCGCAUGUUUACUGUUGUGAUUAUCAGAGUAAGUAUUCAGCGCUAUGGCCACAGGAGUAGCGGUGAGUGUAUCUGCCUCAGAGCCGGAGUUUGAGCGGAGUGAAGAGGAAGUGCGGGGAAAUGAUCCCGAGGAGGACCACUCACAGCACACCCGGCCUACCUCAGGCCCUCAGCAUCGCCUUUCUAAAUUACCCCUGUCCCGGAUUAAAGCCCUCAUGAAGGCUGACCCGGACGUGAGCUUGGCGAGUCAGGAGUCUGUGUUCAUCAUAGCUAAAGCCACGGAGCUGUUUGUGGAAAUGAUUGCCAAGGAUGCGCUUGUUUAUGCACAGCAAGGAAAAAGGAAAACGCUACAAAGGAAAGAUCUAGACAAUGCUAUUGAGGCAGCAGACGAGUUUGCAUUUCUAGAGGGUACCUUGGAUUAACUUGUACCUGCCUUCCUGUAAUAAGGACAAUAUUGAUCUUUUUGUUUAUUUUUGUACAGUUUUGGGCUGGGGAACUCUAUGUUCAGGAGAAGUGGAGUUGUUUUUGCUCACUUUUUAAAUAUGAACAUGUACAGCUUAGAAUAUAUUGACAAAUCUGUGUGUGAAAUUUGUCUGUGAAGUGACAGUUUUAUUUGUGAAUACUACUAUGCUCUUGCAAAAUAUUUUAAUGUUGAAAUAAAUUACUAUUAUUAUUAU